AGGUACAGUAGCAGUCAAAAAAUGAAUGAAGAAUCAAAUCUGACUGAUAGUGCCAACACCUGCAGUGCAAGUUGUGACCCAAGUUGAAAAGAAUAAAAAAGGCAUUGUCCAUCUGAAGCUGGGAGGAAAGGAAGAAAUGGAAGCUUUACUGGAAGCAGUGCAAAACUUUGGUCAAGAUGGUUGCAGCAGUUCUCUUACCACCUGUGAGGCUGAAUUACAAGAGCUGAUGAAGCAGAUCGAUAUCAUGGUAGCCCAGAAAAAGUCUGAGUGGGAAGCGCAGUUCCAGUCGGUAGAAACCAGGCUGAAGGUCCGAGAACAGGAGCUCAGUGCGUUUCGAUUAUUACUUGACCAGAAACACACAGAGGUGGGACUAUUGCGGCAGCAGCUUCAGGACAAUGAAAAGGUUCAACGUGAUAUGGUGGUGCAAUAUGAAACACAACUGAACAUAUUUCGGGAAGAGAUUGGGAAACUGAAGAAAAGCUACGAGAAGUUGCAGAGACGACAGUUGAAAGACAGGAGGGAGCAUGUCAAGGAGAGAUCAGAGAAGGAGGGCAUAUCUGAACUUAACAGGUUGAGCAAGAAGGUCGAGGAGUUUCGAGAGAAAUCAUUGGAAUGGGAGAAACAGAGGCUUUGUUAUCAACAGCAGGUGGCAUCACUGGAUACAGAGAGAAAACUGCUGGCAGAGCAGUGCAAAACUAUUCAGCAACAGACUGUAAAAUAUCAGACUCAGCUCAGUGGUCAGAAACAGCUUAUCGAACAGACUGAGCUAACCAGCCAAUCAGAAAUGCAGCACCUGAGGAGCCAAUUGGAGCGAGCCAAUGACACAAUCUGUGCAAACGACAUGACGAUGGAGAGGCUGAAUAUGACCGUGGAUGAACUGGAGGCUGCGAACCAGCAGUUUAAAUCGGGACAACAACUUUUGCAGGAAGAGCUGCAACAUUUGCAGCAACUCAUACAGAAAUCAGUGGAGGAAAAUGAGGAACUGAAGAGUAAACUCGAAGCACAAGAAAAUAUAAUUCAGAGUAAAGAUCUUCAGCAGAAACAACUGUACGAGGAGUUGGUCCGGUGUAAUGAAUUACUGCAGGCUAAGGAGAAAACUGCCAGCAGAUCAUUAGAAGAUAGCUUGCUGGAGCAGCCGUGUAGUGAUAUUUCUCACAGACAGCCUGAACUUCAGCAGGCAGCUGUGCAAUUCCAAGAAAACCUGCAAGGUGAUAUGGAUCUCAAGGAAGAAUUCCUGCUUCUUCAGCACAGUUUAGAUUCAUCGAAUGACCGCUGUACAUUUCUGUCUGGAGAAAUUUGCAAAAAAGGUGAAGACCUGAAACAAAUGGAAGAGGAGCACAGUAAAUGCAAAAUGGACAUUAAAAAGCUUCGGGAUCAGUUGAGUUCUCUUGAACAGCAACGCCACUCUGAACUGAAGGGAAUGAAAUUGGAGAUUGCCCAAUUGACCACUGAACUGCACCAGCGUGACUUAACGAUUGCGACUAUGAGUGCAGCCACCUCCAACAUGGAACGACAGCUUCGGAUUGAAUUAGAUAAAACUGAUAAGAAAGUACAAGAAGUUAAGAUCACCCAGAUUCAGUUAGAGACCAUGAAAUCGGAAAAUGAAUACUUAGCAGCAAUGUUAAAAGUAAAUGGGCAGAAUUGUUCGAUAACAGACCUUCGCGAUGGCUAUUUUUCAUCCCUGAGGCAACUGGAUCAAGAAAACCAGCAACUCCAAAAAGAAUUGGCUGAUGUGAGAAGCAAGUUGGAGACAUCUACCAAGGUGUCUCAGGACAGAUACGAAAUGCUCCUGUUACAGAUACAGAACAAACUGACAGAUAUCAGAGAAACGGAGGAUAGGCGAGUGGAGGAGCUCCAGCUUGAACACAAGAAGGAAAUUGAAGAACUUCAGAACAAACUCCGUGAGAUGGUUGCUCAGUCUGAAGAGAGCAAGCACGCCUCGCAAAGUCAGCACCAGUGUUCCGAGUCUGAUUUUCACAAUUUAACAGAGGGCCGAAUCACUGAGAGGACUUUUUCCAAUACGGUUCAGAGUGAUUCAUCAAAUGCUUCAGUUUCUGAAUCCUCGCAUGGGGUCACCUCCUGUGUCACCUUGUCUGCAGAUGAGAAUGAAGCAUAUUUUUCUGACAAUUCAUCAGCACAUUCAGCCCAUUCACUUCCUAGUGAGCAGUUUCUGUCUUUGAGCCCAACAAUUGCAUCCACAAAGACAUCGAUUGCAGUCAGGUAUCUCGAGGAAGAGGACAGAAGGUCACAGCAACUUUUACAACGUCUGGACAUGCAUAUUGAGGAACUCAAAGCUGAAAGUGAAAGAACUGUUGACAAAUAUGUAUAAUCCACUGUGAUGGAAAAUCAACUCUCAGGCUCCAAAUAAUGAACUUUACUCAGCAUGAGACUGAAUAAAUGGAGCUAGUGUUUGUACUAUCUGGCCUCAGUAAUGGGUACAUUUUCGUUCUUGGAGGUGUAUCUAAUGUGCAUUGGGGUAGACGUUAACCAUCCUUAUCACUUGGUUUCUUAAUAACCUAUGUACUGUAGCUUUAUAUUCAUCAUCCCAAAGUUGUGUAAUCAUGUAGUCUGUAAUCAUGUUUGUCUGCACCAGUACAGCCAGCACACUUCAGGAAGUGUGUUAGUACUGUUUUUGGAAGUGAGCAUCAAGCUGUCAAAAAUCCAGACUCUGCCUCUGAGGGCUUCUAUUUUCAGAGUUGACCCUGAGAAACCACUCCAGUCCCUCCAAGACUCCAGGUAUCAAGUUUACAAGGUCAUGGUUACAUCAAUAUUUCUGAGCAAAAACAUGAACCUUUUGAAGAUUAGCUGAUGUCACUACAUUGGUGCUGUGUUAAGGAUAUUGGAGUGGUCCUACUUUUCCAAUAAACUAUCCAAAAUGCAGCAAAUUGGUGCUUCUGUUAAAGAAAAGGGGGCAUCAGUUGUCAUUGUGAUUGCUGUAUGUUAGUCCAAGGUCACGGCUCCAGCAGCGACCUGCUAAUAAAUUGUGUUUUCAAAUUGUUUUGUUUAAACAGCAUUUUCCAGGUCUGAAGUUGUGGUACUUGUUUAUAUUUUGGAUGCUGUUAUAAAUGGUGGUAAAUAAAUACUGCUUAACAGCAUGAUUCAAACUCCAGCUCUUUCUGGUAGACUUCUAUUAGUGCGGCUGAAGGAAGGAGACUAAUGAAAUUAUGUUCUGCUUCAGAUUAAGUUUACCUUUUUAGGCAUGUAUAAAUGACAAAUUACCAUUCUGGAGUGAGAACCUAACUUAAAAGAUCCUGCAUGUUCCUGAAAGGACUAAUCAGUGAAGUUGUUUCUUCAUUUGUUUUGUAAAGGAAACCUCCAGUGCUGAAUUAUAAUUGUAUAUUUGUGUACAUAAGAUUUAUCAAUAAACUUUAUACACAGUGGAAA